CCUCCGAGGGGCCGAGCCCAGCCGAGCUGCAAACUCCGUCCCGCGGCUGGAAGAAGUCGCGGCGGCCGGCGCCCAGCCCGCAGCGCCCUCCCGCGCGGAUCCCGGACGUACAAAGCCGGCGCCGCCCCCCCGGACGGGAUGCGGACCGGCCCGCUGCGCUCUGCCAUGAGUGGCGCCUCGCAGCCCCGCGGCCCGGCCCUGCUGCUCCCCUCUGUCAGGGGCGCCCCGGCCAAACGCCUGCUGGACUCCGACGACGCAGCGGCCGUGGCGGCCAAGUGUCCGCGCCUCUCGGAAUGCUCGAGUACCCCGGACUACCUCAGCCCUCCGGGCUCACCCUGCAGCCCGCAGCCCCCCCGCCCCGCUGGCUCCGGGAGCGCUCCGGGGCCCAGCCGCAUUGCCGACUACCUGCUGCUGCCCCUGGCCGAGCGCGAGCAUGUGUCCCGGGCGCUGUGCAUCCACACCGGCCGCGAGCUGCGUUGCAAGGUGUUUCCCAUUAAACACUACCAGGACAAAAUCAGGCCUUACAUCCAGCUGCCAUCACACAGGAACAUCACCGGCAUUGUAGAAGUGAUCCUUGGGGAAACCAAGGCCUAUGUCUUCUUUGAGAAGGACUUUGGGGACAUGCACUCCUAUGUGCGAAGCCGGAAGAGGCUCCGGGAAGAGGAGGCCGCCCGGCUCUUCAAGCAGAUUGUCUCUGCCGUUGCCCACUGCCACCAGUCCGCCAUUGUACUGGGGGAUCUGAAGCUUAGGAAAUUCGUCUUCUCCACGGAGGAGAGAACCCAGCUCCGAUUGGAAAGUCUAGAAGACACACACAUAAUCAAGGGGGAAGAUGAUGCUCUGUCAGAUAAGCAUGGAUGCCCAGCCUAUGUGAGUCCUGAGAUCCUGAACACAACUGGGACCUACUCUGGAAAGGCAGCAGAUGUUUGGAGCCUCGGGGUGAUGCUCUACACGCUUUUGGUCGGACGAUACCCCUUCCAUGACUCAGACCCCAGUGCCCUUUUCUCCAAAAUCCGCGUGGACAGUUCUGCAUUCCCGACCACAUUAUCCCCCAAAGCCAGGUGCCUCAUUCGCAGCCUCCUGAGACGGGAGCCUGCAGAGAGACUCGCUGCCCCUGAGAUCUUACUCCAUCCCUGGUUUGAGUCUGUCUUGGAACCUGGGUACAUCGACUCAGAAAUAGGAACUUCAGACCAGAUUGUUCCAGAGUACCAGGAGGACAGUGACAUUAGUUCCUUCUUCUGCUAAUCCCAAAACCUCAGAAACCUCAUAAUUCUCACACAUGGCAUUUCCAUUUCUAAAGAUGGACAGACUUUUUUGGCCUGGUGCCAACCAAAUACAUGACUGCGUCAAGAUCAUUGCUGCUGAAUUCGACAUGGCGUCUCCUCCUAUUUGUCCUGCCGGAUGACUUUAUUGAUUUAAGCAGCAAAUACCGAUUGGCUGCCCAGCAAAGUUGUUUCCCUUCUUAAAGAGCCCUCGUCAGCUAGCUCUUUGUCAGAUGUGGGGGUUCCCUAUCUGUUAUAGGUGGCAAGAGUAUGGACAUCUGCACCAUAUGAUUAAGGGAAAUAAACUUGAACCUUGUUAAAAGAGAGAGGAGCGAACCACACUGGCAUUUGGGGCACUAACCGUAUUUAACAGGGUGACAAAACUGUUUGGGCCAAUUAACCUGCCGCCUUCAGACUCCUCUUUGGUAGCUAGACUUUUGCUAUCCCGGCUUCUCAGAAGGUUUUUGUUUGACACUCAUCCUCUCUUCCCGUUUACCAAUGAUUCCGCUCCGUUUUGGGAGUAGACUGUUUCAGGAGUGUAGGGGCCUGCCAAGACCUCAUAUGCAUUAAUGCCUUCUCCCUGACCUUGAAACUUUACCCUGUUAGCUAUUAAAGCCCUUACCAGCUAACCUUGGAAAAGUAUCACAAAAGAUUCAAACUCUUAAUUCCAGAACUCUGAGCUCAGACCGAGCGACUGCAGGUUGUUAAAUAAUUUGAUCGCUUAGUAAAUUAGCUUUUUUGGUUCUCCCCAAAUAUGUUAGCACUUAUCCUGUAUUUUUUCCCAAGAUCAUCUCAGGGUGGAGCAUUUUGUCUGAAAGGAGAAAGCUAAGGAGACCCCCCCCCCCACAACAGCAAAUGUAAAACAUCUUUGUGUUUCAGAGAAAGUGAAUUUUGGAUAGUCUCAGAAAAUUUUCAGACCAACUUCCAGAAUUAGAGUUUAAUCCUUCACGGGUAUGGUCUGUCUCUGGCAUUGUAUGUGUGUCUGUGGUUUUGCAUGGUGGGUGGUUAAUAUUUCAAAUGUAGUGUGGUUUAUGGAUACAUCUGCAUAAUCAGUACUUCCGGAGUAAAAUAGUAAGCCCCGGAUCUUUAAAGUCAGAAGGGACUUUAAAAGUCGUCUAUUCCUUUCUCUUUCCUCUGCCACCUCCCAAAGCAGAAAUCCCCCCUUCCACUUCUUUAACAAUGGGGAAUCCAGCCUUUGUUGGAAUGCUUCCAGAGAUGGGAACUUACUACUUAGAAAAGCAAGAGCUUGAUGGAGAAACGGUAACUUGUAUUAAAAAAUAAAUAUGGAUGAAAUGUCAGUAAAUGUCUUGGACAGUCCCAAAAUCAGGCAGUUAAGUCAAUAAACAAAACAUACUAUAUUUUGAGAAAUGACACAAGAGCAGGCAGUCAUUUUCAAGGGCUUCGCUGAGGCAAACUACAAACAUGCAUCGUGAGAAUGCUGUGUAUACCUCACGUACUGUGUACUUUGUACAUAUAUUUUACCUUUUAUACUUAUGUCUGAUGUUUUUUUGUUGUUUUGGCUCUGAGGUUUGUUUCGUCGUUGUCUGUGUCUGUCCGAAUAACCUGCGUGUCUAAAACCACGUGAAAUGUGAAUGAUUGUUGGCAAUUUUAACUUGACCGAAUCCUGGGACUCGGAGAAGAAGGAGCAUGGAGCCGCUGGUGCUCGAAGGCUCUCGUGGUUGUUCGACUGUUGUAUCUGUGAUACAUGAUCCGGCUGAGGACUUGGGGUUGGCAGGCGCUUCUGCCGGGAAAGCUAGAAACACUAGAUCCUUCCUGUAUGUGUGUAUAGAUGUGAACACUGGGACAGCCGUCUGAAUUGUAGAGAAAUUUUAAUAAAUCUGGUUUCGUAAACA